AUGGAUGACUUGGCGACUGGAUUGCUCGGAGACGCGUGCAUGCAAUGUCCUCUCCUUCUACGUCCAUUGUUUGCAACAGUCUACAUGGUCAUAGAGGGUGCCAAGCUCACCUUUUACAUCUUAUUGCCUUUCCUCGUCGCUGUAGUCAUCUUGAUCGGAACCAUCACAGCAUUUUUGAUACUACUACUCGGGUCGACCGAAGGAUCUUCAAAGAAAAUUGCCGAAGGACGACAAAGACGGGACACCGAAGACAAGUGA